AUGCCUCUAUCUACUUUCUCUCCGGGAUAUGUACAAGUCGAUGCGUUUGGCCCCGAUGAGGGAUACGAAUCAGACGAAGAAGUUACGUUUGUGACCCUGGACCUCGGUUGUGUCGAACCUGCUUUGGUCCCAAGCAGUUCCUCGUAUCGACUGAUAGGUCUGGAUACACCGACACCAUUCCUGCAGCUCUCCGGUACUAUAUUCAAGGGACAACAUCAGUCUUUGUUAGGGACGGAAUUGCUAUUCACGGAUGCAAAAGACGACAAUCAGGAGCGAAACAAGAGAACGCUGGCCCACGUUGGCACCACCGAGCAACGCAUCCGGUUCAAAGAAGUCGAGCUGAGGGAGCGGAAUGCCAGUAGUGUCUCACAACCAGAGCAGACCGCGGAGACUGGCCAGAGCAAGAGCAAGAAAAACAGGAUCCCAGAGACAGUCGGGGAAGUCGUUGGCAGUACUAUUCCAGAUCCCGAGCCGCCUCGUAGACGCGGUGGACGGAGACGUCGUACCGAGCCGAUGGAGGGGAAUCUUGAGAAUCAGAGCAAGGGGAAGGGAAGAGGAAAGGGGAAGGGGAAGGAGCGCGAGACGAUGCAGCCCGGAGACGUUUCUGCGAACGGAACAGGAGAAGAACUUGGUGCAGCCGCCGACGGUGAAGAGCGAGUAACUGUUGACGUUGUUGAGGGGCUGCAGCCCGAUAUACAAGACAGUCCGGGUGAGAACCGAGGUGUGCAUCAGCAGAUCGGUAGCGAGGAGGUUCCUGGGCAUAUGGUCAUUGAUCCUGAUCUAAGUGGACUAUAG